UGAAGGGGAAGGCCGUUCCCACGCCUGAGGGCCGCCUGGGAGGGUGCUCAUAACACCCUCGAUUUAAGGCGACCGUGCCAGGGUUAUGUCCUCUACUGUCAAGAUGGAUCCCAUCACCGCCGGCGUGACCAUUAUUACACUCAUUCAAACGAUAGCGCAAACUUCAGCUCUUGUGUAUGGAUACAUUUCUUCCGUCCGCAAUGCUGACUCAUCCUGCCAGACUCUGCUUAACCAGCUCAAUUCAAUCCUUGGAGUCCUGACCGCAGUCAAAGAGAUUCAGAACGAUUCCUCUCUUCCAAAUAAUCUCCGCGAUGUACUUUCAAGACUGAUGGCCGAAAAUGGACCAAUCACGAAGUUACACGAAGAACUGAAGAAACUUCUACGAGACAAGCAGGAGAACAGAAAAAUAGGCAAGAUAUCCAGAUUGAUGUGGCCAUUCAAGGAAGAGAAAGCAGCAACGAUUGUUGAGAGACUGAAAAGCUUUUAUGGCGAUAUCACAACAGUUCUAGCAAUAGACUCACGGAUCACGCUCAAGGAAGUCGACCGUGGAGUCCAGGAAUUAAUACAAGGUUCUAUAGCCCAGAGACGUCGAAAAUUCCUUCAAUGGAUGAACCCUGUGUCUUGUAUUGAGAAGCACAACGCCUCCUGUCGCCAGCGCAACCCCAACACCGGUCGUUGGAUUUUCGACACUGAUCAGUAUGUGGCCUGGAACAAAUCCGAUCGCGCAUUCCUAUGGUUGAAUGGGCAGGCUGGACAUGGAAAAACAAUCCUUGCUUCCUCCAUUAUCAACGAAGUUCAGAAUAGCGGUGAAGCAGAGCAACAGACGCUCGCUUUUUUCUACUGCAACUUUCGAGACAACCAGAUGACAAGCGCAGUUGCAGUUGUGCGCUCCUUGGUGGUUCAAUUUCUCCAACAGUCUGAAGUAGACUGGGUCACCAAGAUAAGCAAGCCAGGGCUGCAAGGGGAUCUUGUUUCUCUGCGAAACCUCUGGCAGCAACAACAUAAUGCAGAACCACAUCCCACAGAUCUGGAAUCUCUACGAAAGCUUCUGGUUGAAGUGUCUACACUAGUUAGCCGACCAGUCCUCGUGAUUGACGCCUUGGACGAAUGCAAGGACUACCCCGACCUCGUGGGACAUCUUGUAACCCUUGCCAAAGAUGCACCACUACGACUUUUCGUCACCAGUAGAAGCGAGUCACACAUACACAAUGCCUUCAAUGCUCUCCCCACCAUAUCGCUGACAGACGAGGCAGGACAAAUGAGAGAUAUUCUGGUUCACAUUAGUGAGCAGCUGGAGAAUCAAACACGUUUGUCAUGCCUACCCGAUGAGCUGAAGAACACAAUUUUGAAGAAAUUGUUAGAAAAGGCCGAGGGCAUGUUUCGCUGGGUUCAGUGUCAACUAGACGAAAUCGUGGCUUGCAAAAGACUUGUCGAUAUCAAGGAAGCCCUCGAUAACCUUCCGGCUGGACUUUACGAGACGUAUGAUAGGAUUAUCCAGACCAUCAAACAAAGAGGACGAAGCGACGAUAAAAUCGCUCAGAAUUGCUUACUUUGGCUGGCCGGCGCGUUCACCCCAUUGACGCUUGAUCAGCUCAACGAAGCGAUGAUGAUUGAAGUCGGAAAAUCAAAACUCAAUCCAAACCUUGGUGUGAUGGACCCUUUGGACAUCGUGGCCGUGUGUGGAAGCCUUGUGACCUACGAUGAGAAAACUGGUGUCGUCGCUCUAUCUCAUUAUAGCGUCAAAGAAUACUUGAUCAAUCGCCCUAAUAACGUCUUCAAAUCGACUUCAGACAUGCACGCACGGAUCUGCGAGCUUUUGAUUACGUAUGUAUUGUGCGACUUCGUGGAUGAGGUCUGCGUAAAUUGCGAAAACUCAGCUGAUGCUGCGGAUGUCAGCGAAGACCAUCUGUUGCUUAGCUAUGCAGUUCAAGGAUGGCAGCAUCUUAAACAUGUUUCGGAGGAGGAUCCUUGCAUUAUGACCGCCCUGUCACGGCUAAAUUCGGAGUUUCGUCAAAAUACCAAGAAACAUUGUGUUCUUGCGACUCAAGAUAGUUUUCCGGGUUACCUACCUAGUUGUGAUAGGUGGUUUGGUUUUGCUAUGACUUUGCCAUCACUUCUAUGCAUCCCGCUUCAGCACGGAAAGCCGUGGAUGGUCGAAUUCAUCAUCAAGCAGCACCCCGAUCUACUGGACGAGGAUGUUGCCCCUGGUUGGGGUUCUCCCUUGAUUUUCGCCAUGACCAAGAACCCCGACUGUCUCAAUGUUCUCCUGAAGCUGGGCGUUGAUCUCAACAAGCUUUCUUCCAUCAAACCAGAGGUUUUCCAUUGUGACGGCUCCUAUGCUCCAAUUUCGUGGGCAGCUGUGAUUGGAAGUGACGUCGCCGUAGAUUUCUUGCUGUCACAAACAGAGGUCAACCUACCUGAUGACAUCCUGCACACAGCUGUUUUGAUGUUGAUGCAAGACCUGUCGCACGAAUCUAUUCGCAAAUUUCGUCAACGCGGUGCGGAUGUCAAUUUCACAGUCGACGGUUCUACCCCUAUCCACGAUUUCCUCUCACACAAUGGCACCACCGAAUUGCUACCCGUCCUAAAAGCCCUCGUUGAACCGUCUUGUAAUCUAUCUUUGCAGGACUGGACCGCCAGAACGGUACUACAUAUUGCUCUUGAUAAAUGUCUGGAAGAUGAUGUUGUCAUAUACCUUCUCGAGCAAGGUGCAGGGCUGUCAGCAACGGCGACUCUCCAUUCAGACAUGUGGAGCUGGGCUACAAGCAAGACGUGGUUUUCCAAGGUUCAAGCAGCGGCUCUUGCUGCUGAUCAACGGCACGCCAGAAUUGAGGGGAAGGUUAUUAAUGCUGCUUGGGGAUCCAGAAUCGUCGAGUUCUCAUUUGCAGCCAUUGCUGACCGCGAUAACCCUAAUCCGAUUUGUGCUGUCACUGUUUCAGCAAUACUCGAUAGCGAGCUGUCAAGCAAUGGUCCGCUCAAAGUUAGUGCCAAUCUUUCACUUCAGAAGAAAGUCCAAGACUCCCCGAAAGAUGGUUUCCCCGGACUCAAGUUCGACUUUGAAUGGGAGCAAAGUGGGCGGCGUGUCUCCAGUCGUUUGUUCGACUAUCAUCAAGGAGACGACGUUAUCAGAAUGCUACGGCAGUUAACCCAACACAGAGACUCGACUGGGACCUCCUUUUUUCUUCAGGUGUCCGAGGUCGGACAGAGCACCGCAGUCUUUGAACGUGUGGUAAAGUUCACACUCGAUAUCUACAGAGGUCCUUCAUCUUAGUCUUCAUGUAUGUGAUGACUCUUCUCAAGCAUCCGGUGUUCUCAUUUUUACGCGCAGGAUACUGCAAGCAGUUAUCAAUCACCUGGGGUCAUGAGGAGAUGGAUACUAGUGUAGUCAUUUAUCUAUGAUGUUGGUGUACUCUAUGACCUUCUUCAAGCUGAUAGACAUGCGUAUCACGCUGGCUUUGCAAUCACCAUUUACAAUUGUCCUUCA